GAAGUGUUAGUAAGCAGAGCGGCCAUCUUGUAGAGCUCAGUCGGGAACCAACUGUCGAACAGCGAGGAACGGAUGUGGAAGAGAGGCCAGAUGUGUUAGAUGAAGGGUUUUUAAUGCGCUUCCGAGCCCGAUUGCCGCUACGUGCGAGAAGUUGUGCGAUAGCGACGACGGAGCCACGACGACCACCGCGGGACUUUCGCGUGCGAAAAGGCCCGAUACAUCCGAUUAAAAACCUUUAGCAGAGGGGAAGCUGCGGAGGAGGCGGCGGCGGAGAAGGAGAAGGAGGAGGUAGCAGGUCACGGAGAAGGUUCUGGCGAGAGGCUGACGACGAGCUUAGCUUCUCAUCGACGGAAAGGCUUGGCCGCUUCUUGGCUGUAAGUAAGAAGGAGAGAGAGAGAGAGAGAGAGAGAGAGAGAGAGAGAGAGAUACACCAGCAGAGAGAAGAAUCGCGACGCCGAGAGACAGAAAGAGAAAGAGAGAGAGAGGGGAAAAAAAUCAGCGCGCGGAGGAGGAUGACCGACCGAGAGAAAGUGCAGUGUCAAAGUCUGUGAUAGUAUUUAUAAAAAAAGAAGAAAAAAAAAAAACGACAACAUCAGCACCUGUGAACGUGUCAUCGUCGUUCGCGUUAAAAGGAGGACGAACAACCCGCGCGGAUAUAUAGAGAGAUAGGCUUUAUAUAUUUAUUUAUAUCUGUGAUAUCGACACUGAUAUACAUCGACUUUCUUCGGGAGAAGAAAGAGAGGCGAAGACGAGUGUGAGAAAGAGAGAGAUCGCUCCGAAGGGAGAUUAUAUCAGUAUCUUAGUGGAUAGGCUUUUUUGUAUAUAUACUACUGACUCUUUUUUAUAAUUAUUGCCACAUCGGUGUGAAUUACGAGAGCACGGAAAACGUACGAUCCGACAGAUUUCUCGACAGUGAGCCCACCAGAAUAUUCUACGAUCUCUUUCCCGGACGUCAUUGUUCGACGAGAGCGAAGAGUACGUAAAGAGGAAGGAAACAUGGUGGAGAAGAUCCUAGAGGAGAGAGAGGACGGCACUCAGGAGGCCGGACGAGGCGAUGGCACCUGCCGGGAUGUAGCUUCGACGGGGGAGUCCAUGAGCGCGGUGCAAGCUCGUCAGGAAGAGGCGAGACGCAAGAGGCGCAGGAAGAGACGUUCUGGCUCAUCCGUAGUAUCCUCCUGCUUCCAAGAAUUAUACAAGCUGACCGGAGAAGUUCUCGGAGAGGGUGCUUACGCCUCGGUCCAGACCUGUACGUCCCUCUACACGGAUCUCGAGUACGCCGUGAAGAUCAUCGACAAGAUCCCCGGACACGCACGUGCCAGGGUGUUCAAGGAAGUCGAGACGUUCCACCAUUGCCAGGGCCACCCAAAUAUCAUACAGCUGAUCGAAUUCUUCGAGGACGAGGAGAAGUUCUACCUCGUAUUUGAGAAGAUCAACGGUGGCCAAUUGUUGAAUAGAAUUCAGGAACGGGUUCACUUCACCGAGAGAGAAGCGAGUCAAAUCGUCAAAGAGAUUGCGAGCGCGCUGGACUUUCUUCAUAAGAAAGGGAUCGCUCAUAGAGAUCUCAAGCCCGAGAACCUCUUAUGCGUGUAUCCGGACAAAUUGACGCCGAUCAAGGUAUGCGACUUUGAUCUUGGAUCAGGUAUCAAGUUCAACAACUCGCUGUCUAGUCCUGUGGCAACGCCGCAACUUUUGACGCCGGUGGGUAGCGCCGAGUUUAUGGCGCCGGAAGUAGUAGAGGCCUUCAUCGGCGAGGCCAAUUACUACGACAAACGUUGCGAUCUCUGGAGCCUCGGUGUCAUCAUGUACAUUCUGCUAUGCGGCUAUCCGCCCUUCUACGGGAACUGCGGCACCGAUUGCGGCUGGGGCAGGGGGGAGAAUUGUCAGGCCUGUCAAGAAUUGCUGUUCACCAGUAUUCAGGAGGGUAGAUACGAGUUUCCCGAUAGGGAGUGGAGAUGCAUCUCCGAGGAUGCGAAAGAUUUAAUCAGGGGCUUACUCGUCAAAGAGGCACACCAGAGGUUCAGCGCCGAUAGUAUUUUGAAACAUCUUUGGAUUAAUCCCGGACCGACUUCCGUCGAAACUGGCGAUCGAUCACUUACCACACCUCAUAUCAUAAGGAGAAACAACUCCGCUAGAGAACUCUCAGCAUUCGCUGAGUCCGCAAUGGCUGUGAAUCGUGUGGUACUUCAACAUUUCUCUCUAAACCUCGAGGAGCUGGCGGAGAACCGGGAACCCAGACUGUCUACAUCGUCGACUGAUGACGACAAUCAUCCGUACGGUCACAUAUCCGAUUCGAGCAGCGAAUUGUCCGAGAACAGCAAGCACUUGACGACGCAUUCCUCUAGCGAAUUUGAUGGUACGCGACAAAAGUCGUGCUCCGUGCGCUCUAGCGUGGACCUAAACGAUUCUAAGAUCAUUGGUAAGAAUCGCGUCAUAGGCAAGGAUUCGCUGCAGAAUUUGUUCGGGCUGUCACCGCCGACCGAGAGUCGUUUGAUGCAGCGCCGUUUGAAGGCACGCUCCGAUCUACUCGAACGUCAGACUGGUAAAGCGGUAAUUGCGUCUCCGAGUGGCUGAGAGGUUGCAGUAGUACCGCCGAUCGCUCUUUCUCAUUAUAGUAUCUCUUUGUAGUUACGAGGGCGCGAACGAUGUACAAUACUUUUUUCCAAUGGCUUAGGAAGCUAACGUGUAGCAUAAGUCGAGUCUCUGAUUCUGCGCGGAUAUAACAAGAAUAGGCUCAAUCCAUUUACGGUAGUGACGACAGCGAUAAUAAUCGAAUAAAAAGUAUUUUCGCCGCGAAAAUUGAUUGAAAAGAAAUAUCUCACAGUUAUCUUUUCUUUCUUUUCAGUAGCUGUAAGCUUCCUUUGUUUUAAACUUUCGUUUUUUUAGCAGACAGUUUGAUGACAACCAGAUUAUCUUUUUUUCCAAGAUAGAAUUCCAGUUGUCGCCUAUUAAUUGCAAAUUGAUUAAUAACGUGACAUUACAGUUGUAAUAUUACAUAGCAUACCUAUUCAAGUAAUAUAUAAAAAAUGUAAAAUAAGAGAUAUUUGUUUAGAAUGUAAAUCUUGAUUGUAAUAUAAUAUAUGCACUUGUAAGUGUGCAUUGAAACGUGCACGUACAUAAAGUGCGCGUUGUGGUACGUAAGGGAAACAUUUUACAUAAUCGGUGCAAAAAAAAUUAAGAUAAUUAUAUCGCAGUUUGACUUUGACAUUACGCGCGAAUAGGUCUUGGAAUUAAAAGCAAAUCUGAUUUCAUCAAACAUCGCGUAAUCUUCGCUGCGUGUUGCUCAUUAUUCACGCAGUCACAUAUUGUUACAUAUUGUACAGAGCUAUCUACACGACACGCGCAUCUAACGUUAUAUCACCAUCAUCCGCGGAUGGAAAAUCGACUUUCAAAUAUUUUACUCAUCCACAUGUCAACAUUUGUAUGCAAACGAGUCAACAUUGCAAAACAUCCCGAUGAUUCGGAAGUACAUUGAGCGUCGAUUCUGACGCAAUCUUAUCCUUUCGCUACAUACCAGACACGUACGUUAAAAGACAAAUACGCGCGUUCAUGUGUAGACAGAUUAUUAACAAAAAAGAAAAGAAGAAAGAGUGAAGAUCCUCGUGAUCGUGAUAGUUCGUGUGCUACUCUCACGCACGAAUGCUUUAUUACGUAAAUAUUCUUUUUUUUUUUUAUUUGUUCGCGAAUUCCCUUCAGUUAAAAAGAAUUCAAAAAAACAAAAAAAAAAACAAAAAAAAUCGAGACAACUGACGCAAGGCGAAAAGAUGUUCCUUUUACUGCUUUUUUGAUAUUGUUUCAAGUAUAUUCGAGCCAUAAUAUACAUAUAUAUGUAUAUAUAUAUAUCUUCGAACGGAAUAAACGAGUGAAUGUGUCUCAGCCCACAGGUGCAGAUUAUAGUUUGCUCAUAUAUAGAUUAAUAGAAACGCGAUAGAUCGUAAGUCAACGCAAGAUUUCAAAACGACAGUCAAAGAGUGGAAGCGCGAAAGUGGAUGAAAAGAGAGAAUGGCCGCUCUAGCUUCGUUUACAAUUUUGCAUUUUUGUGAUUAAAUCACGAGAUAACGUUUAUCGAUAAUAAUGUUACAUAUUUUCGUAGAGCUUUAUUGACCUUAAAAUUGUUUUAUAUUUAACGCUAACCCAACUCAUGAUAAUGCUUUAUAUAUUUUUUUCUACAAGUUAUUUGCAUUCUAAAUUUUUCUUCGUUCCGCUAUUAUUAUGCACGAGUUGAUACUUUUUUCUCUUGCUUUAUUGCGUGUUUUAAAGAGAAAAAAAUACAUAUGCAAAGAAUUUCUGUCAUUCACUUCUUGCUGAUGCGAUGGACCGAUUUUACUCAGGGCAGCUGGGAGACCGCUGCGUACGUUAUUCUACAUAAAUAUAUGCUCGUACAGUUUGAAAACUGGGAGAAAAUAUAAAGAGCUAUUUGUAUGUGUAAGAUUUACAGAGCGCAGGCCCUCCACAAUGUUAAUGUCAGCGAUUGCGUCAGCAUUCGCUUCAGGAUUUCGGGAUCUUGUAAUUUUGACAAAGAAGAGAGAGAAGAUUGGGAGGACUGCGAAUGUAUAAUAUGCGUUUGUAUAUUAUAAUUGCAUCAUUGGAAACUUUCUUAGAAAGUCAUUCGCUUGCUGUAGGCAGGUACGGCUUUUGUCAACUUCUGUCUUCUUUGUACUUUGUAAGUACUAAUAAGAUAAAAAUUAGUGUUUAUAGCGCUCGCGCGCGUAGAGAUAAUAUUUUAUAUAUAUGUAUGCACAUAUAUGUAUGUGUAUGUUUAUGUAUAUAUGUAUAUACAUAUAUAUGAAAAUCUCCGUGUAAAUAGAAGAGCUACGAUAUAGAGGUAUGGAAAGCAAUAUACAAUGGGGGCUCUCUUAUAUAAGAGAAAAUGUUGAAAGAUUAUAAUAUAUUUAUCGGCCUCUUUGCGCAAAGCUAAAAAAACACUUUGUUCCUCAGCCGUAGCAUGUCAGAAAUUAUCAAUCGUAAAAAUUAAUUUCUUCCUUGUCUUUUUCCUUUGUUUUGCGCAAAGUUCCAUACAAUAUACAACUCAUGUCAAGCAAUUAAGCGUACGCUCGAAAAGCUUCAAAAUUGUUCAUUAUCGUUUUUCUAUCGGAUCGCGAAACGAGAGAGAGAGAAAGAGAGAUUUUUUUUUUGUAUCGAGCGUGCGUGUGAAGUAUCGAUAUAGGCUCGAAUGUAUAAGUGAAUACUCUUCAAAAGAAAGAACGAAAGAGGAGAGAAGUAAUAUAUAUAAAUGUAAGAGAGUAUAUAAAAGUGUAUGGAGUGCAAAUGAAGCAAAUGUUGGAGUGUGCAGAACGUAAAGAAAAAAAUAUAAAAGGAAAAGAAAAAAAUAUACAAAUGGCCAUAAUACGCAGAUCUGUAAGCGUAACGAAUUUAAGAUUAUAUAAUAAAGCGCGAGAGUAUAUUAGAUGUGUGUGUAUGUAUGCGCGGAUGUGUGUAAGAUUGCGAAUGAAUAAAGGAGAAGUGUGUGAAAAAUGAAACUAAUUACUAGCCUUUAAGAGGAAAAAAAGCACCUUGUCGUAAGUUUAUAUAGCAUAAAGGUACCGCUGAGUCAUACCGACCAGAGUAUCAGAUUGUUGUUUACUUUAAUCCUUUUACAUUUUCACACAUAUAUCUCGAUACAAGCGAAUCAAUUUUUAAUAGAUUUUUGUUCGCUCAUAUACACAUACAUGCAUCAUGAGAGCUUAAUAAAAAUGAUAUAAUCAUUUCGAAGGUUGAAAUUGUGAUAAUGUUUUUCGUGCGCCGUGGCUGAACCAUAUAAUGUUUGAGUACUCGGUAUAGCACAGCGGUCGGUCAGCUACAUACAUGCGAAAUGCGAACGCUAUCAUUCUCAUUUUCUUCCCUGUAUUACGCAGAGCGAGUGUUAUAUAAGUCGUUUGCAGAGCGGCGGUUAUAACGAAGGAGGAUGUAAUCCGUGAAAGACGUUGGUUCGUGUCGUGUUCACGUCGUACCCAUCGCGUCCAUAUAGUGCGGAAGAUCCUAGAGCGAGAAAGAACAGAGUCGCAAUGCGAGGAAAGCGAGUAAAGAUUUCGUACACUUUUUUUCUGAGAAAAGAAACAAGAAAAAUGAUUACGUCAUAUAUCUUGAAUGAUACGCAUCGCAUCUUGUUCCUCUCAUUUUCUGCCCGCACACUCUGUCGAGUCAUUUUUCUGCCGCGAAAUUCGCGCGAUCGACACAUAUCUUUAUGAAGAGAAGAGCGCAUCUUCCUCUUUAUGAAAGAAGAAAAAAUAGAGAUUUUAUCAAGCACUUGUGUGUGAAAGAUCAUCGCCCGAUGGUCUUUAAUUUCAGAUGAAUAUUCAUUCUGUCGGAAAAUUAAAAAAAAAAAAAAAAAAAAAAAAAAAAGAGUGUGCGGCAACUCGACACGAACAGAUUCUGAUCGCACUUUUCAUAUUCUUGUAAUCGUAGUCGAUAUAUCGAUCGAAGAGUGGGAUAGUAAGAGAAAAAAAAAAAAAACAGAAUGUAAAUAAGAUUUAUCUAGUAGCUAUAGUGCCUAUAUCCUAAAAAGAGUAGAUCGAUAACGCUCCCUGAAUUUCACCCUACUCCCUUCAUCUCCCUCCCGCAUCUUUCCACAUUGUCCUUUCAUCCUUCAAACACAAGACGUCCCCUAUUCACGACCUUCUCUAAAAUCAAUUUUCCCUUCCCCCUAUAUCCUCAUAAUCGAAACAUUCCUCAUCCUCCGAACCAACCACCACCGAAUCCCUUUCUCCCAUGUCACACGAUCCCUUCUUCCACGCGUCCCAAGAAAAAAAAUUGUUAUAAAACGGAAAAUGGCCAAAAAAUAUUUUUUAUUUUUCAUACCCACUUGUAUGUAGGAUAUAUAACGAUAUAUUUUUUUGACACGGUUGAGGAGACAUGGAGAUUGCGAAGAAAGGGAAGCGGCCGUAUCGCAUUCUCGAUCGCUCUCUCGUUUGAAAUUGUUCCGAGAGAGAUAUCGGGGGAUGCGAUAGCUUUUCUUUCAUUUCUUGCGUUUGGUGCGAUAUCUUACUGCUUAGUAUUAGACGUUUUUGUAAACCGGAAUCGCUCUUCAGUUCAGCGAAAGAGAGAGAGAGAGAGAGAGAAAACGUUUGAAAACAAGGGCUAAAAUCCACUUGAUAACGAGCUCACGUACGAUUUUCCAUUCUGUUAUAGAAAAAUAUUCAGCACGCGCAUUUUCCCGUUAUUUUUUUUUUCUUGUAAAGAAAAUGUAACGAAUUGAAAUUCUUUUCAAUUUUAUUGUAAGAUUUGACCGAUAAAAUUAAAUUUUCGCCGUGUCAUCGAUAUCUUUUUCAUGUAUGUAAACGGGAGCGAUUGUCGGAUUCUAAAUGUUACAUUGCAAGUCACAGGAGCAGUGAGCAGGAGGCGCUAAUUUUUUGACGUACUUUUAUUCGUAUUUAAGUGGCGCGCGUUUUAGCCUAGCGAAACAUGUAAAUGUCGAGACUGGAUAUUACGAACGUACAAAAGAACCUUUAUUAUACCUAAACUAUGUAGAACAUGUUGAUCGCUCCACGAUUCAUAAUCGUCGCGUCCAAAAAAA